GGAACCAGCGAUGUGUCUCUUUCGUGUUGCCGUGUAUUUCCUCCUGCUCCCUCAUGCCCCGGCUAUAUGGUCCUGCACACGUUCCUGUCCACCUAGUUGCACCUGCACUCCAGAGAAGAACUGCAGCGUCCUGUGUGACCACGUCAAUAUGGUCGACCUGCCGAAAGAAUUCCCCUGCGAUGCCACAUCCAUCAACCUCGACAAGAACAGCCUGAAGUUUUUGUCCGAGCGGGCUUUCGGCACACUGCCUUCGCUCAAGUCCCUCUCGCUCGACCACAACAACAUCUCCUUCAUCACACCAGGGGCAUUUAAAGGGCUCCCCAAUUUGGUGGAGCUCAAGAUGGCCCACAAUGAAUACAUCCGUUACCUGCACACCCGCACGUUCACGUCACUUAAACGUUUGGUGCGUCUGGAUCUUUCCGAUUGUAACCUCUUCAGCAUGCCGGACCGCAUCUUCAUCGAGCAAAUUUCCCUAAAGGAACUGUUGUGUUUUAAUAACAACUUCCGACGCGUUCCCGGCACUUUACGGGGGAUGGAAAACCUUACGCAUGUUUAUUUGGAACGCAAUAAGAUCGAAGCGGUAGCCUAUAACUCAUUAUUAGGCUUAGCCAACCUCAAAUACCUCAACUUACAGGAGAAUCACAUAAGCGUUAUCCAUGACGAAGCCUUCAAAGAUCUACUACGUCUGGAGAACUUCUACCUGAAUGAUAAUCUCUUGGUUGACCUACCCCAGCAGGCUUUCAAAGGCCUAAGCAACUUAAAAAUGUUAAACCUGGGUGGGAAUCUGUUGACCAAUAUCUCCAAAACAUGGUUCAGUGAUCUGGUGGAGCUAGAGGUGCUUUACCUGGAUCGAAACCGGCUGGCUUAUAUUGAGAAGGGCUCCUUUGAGAACCUCACAAGCCUCAUCGCACUUCACCUGAACAGCAACAACCUCACAUCUUUGCCAUUCUCUGUAUUUCAGCCCAUCUAUUUCAUCGGCCGCCUGUAUCUCUUUCGAAACCCUUGGGAGUGCAGCUGUGACCUGGUGUGGCUGAAAGAAUGGAUGGAGAGCUACAAGCUGGUGAGAGACAUCCCAUGCGCAUCACCUUCCUCUGUGGCCGGCCUGGAUCUGAGCGAAGUGGUCUACGCACGUCUGAACGGGACUUGCGUGGAUCCACCGGAACUCAACCUCACCACCGCUCUUCCUGACUACACCACCACCACCACAGAGAACAAGUUCAACAGCCUCAUUUCCAAACUCAUGCAGCAGGAAUGGAGGGAUGAGAUGAUGAACUCUACAGACAGCUUGAGGAACGGCACCCAGCAGGACUCAGCCGAGAGUCAGGUUUCUUCUGGACCUGGACUUUUCUGUGCUAUUGAUGCAAUGUUUCUUCUAUUUCUCCUUCAAGCACAGAUUGGAUGACUGCAUUGAUGCCUGUUGAGAUGCAUCCAAGAAAGGAAGUAAUUUUCCAGAUGUUGG